UGCAAACCAUCACUAAAUCCAACUCCCAUUUUUGAUUAAUUUUAAAAUUGUAAACAAAAACAAAAAACACCUUUACAUCAAAGUGUGAAUCAAUUUGACGCAUGACCACCAGCUGCAACACAAAGACCAAAAACAGUGGUUCCAACAUAUUUAUCAAUAAACCAUCAUCCUCAUCAUCGUAUAAUCAUGGAAGAGGAAACCAUAGUUGAACGUCUUGAAGAGGAAAUUAAUAUAACUCACCCACAGGCAUUUGAGAUUCAAUUAAAGUUAUACAAUCUCUUCAUACCGAUUUUAUGUUCCAUUAUAAUUCUUGUAAAUCUUCUCAUUGUCCUUUCAAGUGGACUUAUUCUCCGCAAAAGACAACAACCUCGUAGCACUUAUAUAUUUCUAGGAAAUGUAGCCCUAUCGGAUUUAUUAAUUGGAACAACAACCCUUGCCGUUCAAUACUGUCCCGAUGAGCUGCGGAGUGAAAUGGUUUGCUGUAUAAGUAUAGGUAUGACGGUAUGUUCGACCUUGGUGUCCGUUUAUAGUGUUGGACUCAUAGGAAUCGAUAGAUAUUUGUAUAUUUUGUAUGGACUUCAUUACCAGAGGUAUGUUUCAUCCCAACGGGCACAUGGAAUGGUUCUAGCAACGUGGCUUUUAGCCGGAGUUAUCAGCUUUCUUCCUGCAUUUGGACUGAGGAAUCCAACGGAUAAUGGAAAACUCUGUUGGUUUAUUGUGUUGGUUCCUCCGAAACUAGUACUUUUUACGACUUCUGUUGGAAUGAUCCCAUUGGCCUUGAUAAUUGUGCUCUACAGCAUCAUUUUGAAGUACGCUUUGGUACGAAUAUCCUACCUUCAUCGGGCCUCAAUUGGAGACCAGUUAACACAAGUCGGUGGCUUAAGGCUUUUCCGUGGAGGAUCGUCUUCUUCGAAAACAUCAGUUGGAUCUUUGGAUGCUCCAAAUGUUAUCUACUUGCAAGAAGAAAGACAAAUCCAAGCUCAACCUAGAAGAUCCAUAUUUAAAUGUUUUCAAAAAACAAUUAAACCAAAAUCAAGCCUGCCAGUUUACAGUGCAAACAAGUGGAAGGCCAUUAAAAUUGUUCUUCUAACAACAGGAGCCUUCUUUGUGACGUGGGUUCCAUUCUUUGUUGCAUCGAUGCUAUAUGCAAUGUGUGGACCCUAUUCCGAUCCUGAUUAUUGUGAUAGCUUACGUGUAGCAAUAGCUAAUCCACUGGCCUUACUUGGAUUAUGUAAUAGUGUCCUGAAUCCUAUAAUUUAUGCUUGGUGGCAUAAUGGAUUUCGGGAAUCGGUGAAAAAAAUCGUUAAAGGGAUUUUAGGUGAAAGAUUUCAAACUGAAGACUUAAAUAAUGUUCCACGGAUUAGUCAAGUAACAAGGAGCACAACAGAAGUGAGUUUAGUUCAGGGAACAGAUGGAACUGACGAAUUCUCGAAUGUUGUAGAGAGAAAUACAUCAAUAAGAACUCAAAAUGAGAAUUCAAAUUCCAUUUAA